CCACAACAUAAUCCCAGUCGACACUGUCGAGCUGCUGUAACAGGAAAUAUAAUAAAAAUAUCAACAAGAACGACAACGCCGAAAACCAAUUACCCCAACCAAGAAAACCAACAUAACGGUUGCAGCAGCUGUAGCAACGGCAUCAUCUCAACUACUGUUAUCAAGCUUCCGCUCUCUGUCUCGUCUUUCUCCAUUUCAGCUAUGCGUCUUUGAUUCCAAAACCUUUUGUCAUGGCCCAGCAACGUCAGCAGUAACACUACCGAGAUAAGGCACGUCGUUGCCAGGGUUAGGUGCAUGGCUGUGGGAACAGCAUCAGAGGCAGAAACGAAAAAAAGUGGGUCUGAAAUUCAGACACUACCAAUCUGGUUGUUGAAGCAGGAACAAGACGGUGUUAUUGAUGCAGAACUCACCAUUGUGAUUUCCAGCAUUUCUAUGGCACGUAAGCAGAUUGCUUCUUUGGUGCAAAGGGCUAGCAUUUCCAGCUUGACUGGUAUUCAGGGCGCUGUCAACGUUCAAGGAGAGGACCAGAAGAAGCUUGACGUCGUUUCAAAUGAGGUAUUCUUCAACUGCUUGAGAUCAAGUGGAAGGACAGGGAUUAUAGCCUCAGAGGAAGAAGAUGUGCCAGUGGCAGUAGAAGAGAGUUACUCUGGAAACUAUAUCGUGGUAUUUGACCCACUUGAUGGAUCGUCCAACAUUGAUGCUGCUGUUUCUACAGGUUCCAUUUUUGGAAUAUACAUCCCCAACGAUGAAUGCCUGGCAGACAUCGGUGAUGAUUCCACUCUUGAUUCAACAGAACAAAGAUGUGUUGUGAAUGUGUGCCAACCAGGGAGUAAUCUACUAGCUGCUGGUUACCGCAUGUACUCAAGCUCUGUAAUCUUUGUGCUCACUUUAGGGAAAGGCGUGUUUGCGUUCACCUUGGAUCCUAUGUAUGGUGAAUUUGUCUUAACUCAAGAAAAUAUUUAGAUACCUAAAGCUGGAAAAAUAUAUGCAUUCAAUGAAGGCAAUUACCAGUUGUGGGAUGACAAGUUGAAGAAGUACAUUGAUGACCUCAAAGAUCCUGGUUCUAGUGGCAAGCCUUAUUCUGCUAGAUACAUUGGAAGCUUGGUUGGAGACUUCCACCGGACACUGCUAUAUGGUAGAAUCUAUGGUUACCCCAGAGAUAAAAAGAGCAAAAAUGGCAAGCUGAGGCUCUUGUAUGAGUGUGCACCAAUGAGCUUCAUUGUGGAAAAAGCUGGUGGGAAAGGAUCUGAUGGACAUCAAAGAAUCCUUGAUAUCCAACCUGUUGAGAUACAUCAACGUGUACCACUUUAUAUUGGAAGCCAGGAAGAGGUAGAGAAAUUGGAGAAGUAUUUAGCUUGACCAUGAUGAAAAGGCAAAGAGAGUAAUUUUUGUUUAUGGAUAUAAGGAAAUACAUUAAAUUGCAAUUCAGAAUGAAGAUAACAUCGUUCUUAUUCUGUAAAUUGCAACAGUAAGGUCACUAACUAUCUUUGCAAUUUAAGCAAUCAUUCA